AUGGCCCAAAAGGAUGAUAACAAGCUACCCAAAGCCCAUUGGAAUGAUGCAGAAGUGGACGAAUACCUGAAGUAUCUGAUCACACAGAAAUCUAAGAUUGCAGGAACGUCAUUCAAAGAUGACAUCUACUAUGAGUCUGCAAUAAAGAUUGCAGGACUGAGGACACUUGGCCCACCCAAGACUGGGCCACAUUGCAAAAUGAAAUGGCAAUCUCUGAAGCAGACCCACAACACCAUUGAGAGAUAUCAGAACAGUCGAUCAGGAUGUCAUUGGGAUAAUGAGAAUGGCACUAAUAUUCAGGAGGAGGCAGCAGAAACUCAGUGGCAACAAUUUAUUAAUGCCAGCCCAAGCAACAAGACAAUGAAACCAUUCAAAAAUGCUGGAUGGAGAUUUUGGCUCCAGAUGUUGGAGAUCAUGCCAAAUGGGAGUGGCACUGAGGGCACUGCCACCUAUAACCUGGCUUCAUUGGCCACACAGGCUUCAGAAUACAUCACUGAGGCCAACACUGAGGCCAGUGGAUCAGCAGUUGCUGCCGCUAGCACCAAGGCCAGCAGCAUUGCUAUGGGGCUUGCCAUUAGCAUGCCUGGUGCUCGCAAUGACACCGGUAGCAAAGGGCCUGCAGCUGCUGGCUUUGCAUGGGACCAAGUCAUGUCCACCCUUCCAUCCACUAACCCUGGAAUCAUAUCCAGCAGUUCCAUGAACCCCCCCCCCCCUCCCCCAUCUUCAGUUGCAGCCUCAAAUAGUAGCACCAGAAAACAUUCACAUUCCGACAUGCUCUUUUCCUCCAGCACCACCCAAACUUCAUUAUCACAGAUGGAUUCCCCCACCCUCAACAAGAAGCCAAAGUUGUCAGUAUAUGGUGGCAGUACCAUGUCACAUGUCACUGGUCAAUGCUCAGGCUCCAAGGCCGCCAAGGACACUGCCAGCACUGCUGCAUUUAUGAACCUUCAAGGUUCCAUAAACCACCUGAUGGGCAGUCUUGGAUAUAUGCUGGCCAGCACUGAUGAGAGUUGUGUAUUGAAUGAGAGAUCACAGGCCUUGGCUGUGAUGCAAGAUGACGAGUGCAUCUUGCUGACUGACAAGGUCACCCUCAUGAAUGUGUUUGCAAGGAGCCUGCCAAUUUGUGCCACAUACUUGUCCAGCAAGCUCAAGAAUCAUCUACCUUACCUGCAAUCAGUUAUCUACCAGGCUGCCAGGGGGGAUUAUGGCCUGCUGUCAUAUCCCACAAUCCAGACUCACAUUCCAUAA